UUUGUUUACAUGCUGCUCUGCUGUGAGGAGACCGCAUCCACCGCCGGGCCCUUCACUCGUUACGCAGACUGUCAUCUUACCCUAUAGACGAGGAACCAAGCUCAGCUGUUAGGAGCAGAGAUGUACUAGUCUGUCUGUACAGCUGUAGCAUGCAGCCGGAUAUGGAUUAGCCCUUCUACAGGCCUGCACUGUGCUGUGUCACUCGCCACCAUGCUGCUUCAUUUACUAGCUGCUAUGCUAAUUUUACUAUCUAUGCCUGUAGCAUUCACUGGAUAAAGCUCGUUGAGGAAGGCCCAGGCGGGGCCCUGGAGUGGCUCAGUACAAGGGUGUGUGUUCUCACCUCCACCACCCGCGCCUCUCCUCCUCCCUGGAGAAGACCAGCAGGAUGUCGGAGGCUAGAGAGCGUAGCCCCCGCCACCAGAGACCCUGGUCAGUGUACCGGGCCAACACCUUUGACCUCUCCUCUGAGAUGAUCGGCCUGGCGCUCGCAGGAAACAGCCAGGAUCCAGAUGAGCCUGUUCUAGAGUUCAGUGUGGCCUGUAAUGAGUUGGUGACCCCAGCUCUGGAGCGGAAACCCAACAGCUUUGUGGCAGUGAGCUGCACCACCCCUCCCCAGGCCUUCUGGACCAAACACACCCAGACUGAGAUCAUCGAGGGCACCAAUAACCCUAUAUUCCUGAGCAGCAUAGCCUUCUUCCAGGACUCUCUGAUCAACCAGCAGACGCAGGUCAAGCUGUCUGUUUACGACGUCAAGGACCGCUCUCAGGGCACGAUGUAUUUAUUGGGCUCAGCUCUGUUUCCUGUGAAGGAGUUGCUGCAGGAGAAGAACCACAGGUUAAACCUGACCCUGAGAUCUGCAGAGAACAAGCACGUGGGGAACAUCACCAUCAUUGCCUGGCAGAUAGAGGAGAAGAGGGACCAGAGGACUCUGCCUGUUGCCAGGUUACCAGACACCAUCAACGGCAGGACCGUGCUUCCGGUGGAUGAGAGCCUGACAGAAUCCAUGGGCGUCAGAGCCAAAUAUGCAUCUUUAUGCAAAGACACCCUGCUGACAUCAGUGUUUGGAGGCACCAUGUCCAGAAUGUACCGUUUCCCCACCACGGACGGUCACAACCUGCGGGUGCUAGAACAGAUGGCUGAAAGUGUGUUGUCUCUCAACAUCCCCAGACAGUAUGUCAAACUACUGCUGGAGGAGGACGCUGUCAGGGUUUGUGAGCUGGAGGAGCUGGGGGAGUUGUCACCGUGCUGGGAGAACCUACGACAACAGAUAGUCACUCAGUACCAGACCAUCAUCCUCGCCUACCAGGAGACUCUCUCUGACCUCACCAACUACAAGGGUCCGUCGUUCAAGGCCAGUAACCUGAAGGCAGAGAGGAAGCUGGAGUUCAUACCCACCAACCUUCAUGUCCAGAGGAUGAGGGUGCAGGAUGAGUCUGGCUUUGACCACACGUAUGACGUGGUGACUAUCGGGGCUCCCGCCGCCCACUGCCAGGGCUUCAAGAACAGCGGCCUGCGCAAGCAAAUCACCAAGUUCGAGGAGGCCAAGAAACACGUUUAUGAGGAAGAAUGCAGUGCCCUGUCCAGCUGUCAGUCUAUAGUGUACAUCCCCCAGGACAUUGUCCGGGCCAAGGAGAUCAUCUCCCACAUCAACACCCUGAAGACCCAGGUCAGCUACUAUGCUGAGAGACUGUCCCGCGCCGCCAAGGACCGCUCUGCCAACGGUCUGGAGAGGACCCUCGCCAUCCUGGCUGAUAAGACUCGCCAGCUGGUGACGGAGUGCGACUGCAAACUGCUGGCCUCGGCCAUCCAGGCGCUGAACGCGGCACGUCCCGAGUACAUCGCCUCCAAGGCGUCACCCUCCGCCGACGCCAGCGAUCAAGUAGUCCUGCGCAACGACCGGGACACGCUGCUGGCCAAGUGGAGCGGAUGCAACAGCCGCUCCUCGCUGCACGUCGACUGGCACGAGGAGGAGUGGGAGAAGGUGUGGGUAAAUGUAGACAAGAGUCUGGAGUGUAUCAUCCAGCGGGUGGACAAACUCCUUCAGAAGGACCGUCUGCCUGGCGACAGCAGCCAGGGGGACACUACCCCAGGCCACCAGCAGGGCGGCAGCAGUAAAAAAGGUAACCAGAGUACCAGGGCAUUUUGGAUCAACCCCGAAUACAUGACCCAGGAGGAGCCUUCACCAUCACUACCUUCCUCACCAUCAUCAUCCUCCCUCCUGCCUGCUCUCACCCUGAAUCUGACUCAUGCAUGCCCACCCAGCCCUGACAAAAACCCAUAUGGCAGCCCCAGUGGCGAGGAGGCUUUCCCAGGGGAGUGGAGCGAGGCGCUGUACCCUCUCCUCACCACGCUGACAGAGUGUGUGGCUAUGAUGAGUGACAAGGCGAAGAGCUCCAUGGUGUUCCUGUUGAUGCAGGACAGUGCUCCUACCAUCGCCAUGGACCUCUCCCUGCAGUACAGACGAGACGUGGUCUUCUGCCAGACGCUCACUGCCCUCAUCUGUGGCUUCAUCAUCAAGCUGAGGAACUGUCUCCGUGACGAUGGCUUCCUCAGGCAGCUCUACACCAUCGGCCUGCUGGCCCAGUUUGAGUCUCUGCUCAGCACCUACGGCGAGGAGCUGUCCAUGUUGGAGGACAUGUCGGUAGGCAUCAUGGACCUACGGAACGUUACCUUCAAGGUGACCCAGGCAACCUCCAGCUCCUCCCCCGACAUGCUGCCGGUCAUCACCGGCAACCGGGACGGCUUCAACGUCCGCAUCCCGUUGCCGGAGACCAUGUUUGACGCGUUGCCGCGGGAGAUCCAGAACGGCAUGCUGCUGCGCGUCCAGCCGGUGCUCUUCAACGUGGGAAUCAACGAACAGCAGACGCUGGCAGAGAAGUUUGGAGACACGUCUCUGCAGGAGAUCAUUAACCUAGAGAGUCUGGCCAGACUCAACUCCUACUAUCAACAGUUCAAGGAGGUCCUACCUGAGGACUGCCUGCCCAGGUCCCGUUCCCAGACGUGUCUACCAGAGCUGCUGAGGUUCCUGGGACAGAACGUGCACGCCAGGAAGAACAAGAACGUAGACAUCCUGUGGCAGGCAGCAGAGAUCUGUCGUCGUCUGAAUGGUGUGCGUUUCACCAGCUGUAAGAGUGCUAAGGACCGCACGGCCAUGUCUGUCACCCUGGAGCAGUGCCUGAUCCUACAGCACGAACAUGGCAUGGCCCCACAGGUCUUCUCCCAGGCCCUCGACUGCAUGCGCAGCAUUGGGACCAGGGAGGGGGUCACCCAGAAGAACCUGAGUGGCCUGUUGCCUGUGCGGGAUUUCAGGCUGGACCCCAGCCUGCUGUACUCCCUGCCCCUGCUGGCCCUCAGCCCCAACCUGCUGGUCGUCUGGCUGUUCCUCAGCGUCGCCUACUUCCUGGCCAAGCUCCGCUGCAGCUGAAGGCACAGCCCCUCUGCCACCCAGCCCCACCUACUCUCGACCUCUACUCACCUCUUCUCUCUGCCCGUUCCCCCCAGUGUGUCCGUCAGUCAGGAAGAAAGGCAAAAAGUUAGUUUGUCAGUCAAGGAGGAAGACAGGCAGUCAGGGAGUCAGUCAGUCGCUCUGUCAGUCUGUCUGGAGCUCAGCCGGGAGAACCCUCUGAUUGGUCGAGGGCAGACCGUGUGUACCUGACCUGGACUUUAUGUGCGUCACUCGGCUAAACUUCCAGCUGUUCCACCUAAUGGGCAGCCAGCACUCCUCCCGCCCUGCUCUCUGUCCUAACCAAUCCAGUCAGAGCAGGAGGCUGGUCUAAAGGUCUAUGUGCUGUAUGAGACUGUUACUGUCAGUGUUCUGACACAUUUCUUAGUUUAACACCCAUUGUUUUACAACAAUCAAUUACAAACUGAGAGUAUGGAGAGAAACUUUGUGAAAUAUAGCCGGUAAGAAGUUUUAGCUGAAUUUAAUGGAAGUUUUGUCCCAGUUGUCCUUGAGUAUUUAUAAUGCAGCUUCCCAACUCAUGACAUGAUUAUAACCAUGCUAUUAUGAUAAUGGGAUGUCAUGGAUCCUUUGGUUUUGCACAGAGCUUAUUUUCAGUCAUGCAAAUGUUCUGGCUUGCUUGACGUUUGCGUCUUCCAUAAGGUUUGCAUACAGCAUAAGCCAAGGGAUGGCUUGGCCAUGCAAUAUCAAGCUGAUGUUGUUUUGAUCUGGUGGCCAUUUUGUUGUUCCUCAGGCCUUCCUACUCUUACAGCAGGAGAGACUUGUGUCCGCUUUCACUUUAAAACAAUGCACUUUUUUUAAUCAACGUUGUCAUCUUAAUGAAGGUUAUUCGCUUGUCUUGCCAAUUGACACAGUUUCAUCUUGGUCGGAGCAAUUUGAAUUGACUAAAUCUGGGAAUGUAUGAUAUUUCAGGGGAGCUUUGUUGGCUUGUUUGAUUAUGCAGUGUAGUGUUUCUGAGGUGUUUAUUUUUUAGUUGAUAUCAGAUUUCAUGUCUGUACCAAGUUUCCUAUUUACUAUGGAGUUUGUAUAUAUGAAUUGGUUCUUUGUUAGAGAACCUAUAAGUGUUGCAGUUCUAGGGAAAUGACAGAGAAGAUGAAGAGAAUGUACAUGGGCAAACCUCAAAUGGCUCCCCACCACCAAAUGAUGCACUACCUCUGACCAGUAGUGCACUAAAUAUAGGGGAUGAUUUGAGACACAGCCCAUGCUUGUUGUGCCAAAUGUUUUAGCCAGGUCUCAGAUGCUAGAUACAGGUCUUGGAUCUUCAUUCCAGGUCAAAGUGUUACUUCCAGAUCUCCCAGCAGCCCAAAUCCAUCCCGCUUCCACAAGUGCCCUAGAAAGGGAGAUUUGAUAUCAGAUUCUUUGGGUUACUUCCAAGCCUUGCACUCUGGACUUCCUGGUCUCUGCUGGGAGUCCACCCACCAUUAUCAUAUACAGUAGUUGCUAUCUAGUCCCAUAAAAACAUAAUUAGCUAUCUAAUGGUAUAUGGACUCAUUAAUAUGUAGACUAGUGGUAUUAUCGUUUUCCUGCCCCAUAGCCUCUCUCCAUUUUAAUCAGUAUAAACCUGUCUUCAGUGCUGUGUUACGUCCCAAGACGGCCACACUCAAUCCAAUCUAAAGUGACCUACUAAAGAAAUGGACCAUCCGUCCCAAAAUAGCCUCUGUGAGAUUGUCACGCUUGUCUUACAUUCCCUCCACCCCCCAUUUCCAACUCCUAGACCCCCACAAUAGAAAACUGGAGGGAUACUUUUGUCCUUGUUGGUUGAGCUAUAUGCAAGCUUCUUAUAGGCCUCUCACCUGUGUGACUGGUAUGAGAGAGAGGCUGGGUUUAAUGGUGUAUUUAGGUUAGUUCAAUGGUUUGGUUUUGAAUAUUCAGUAGUUUUUUUACCGAUUUUUGUGCAAUGUUACUGUUUUACAUUAUCGACAAAUACGCAGUAUUUUUUUCUCAGUAUUCCACAGUAUUUACUUUUUCAAUCUUGUAAAUCCAUAUUGUAAAUAAUAGAAAUGUAUAAAAUCAGAUAAUCUAUUGAUAAGUAUGCUGGUGUAGAACUACCUCUAUUGUCCCAUAAAACACCAUCUGACUGUCAGCCAGGGGAGGAGAGCUGACUGUCAGCCAGGGGAGGAGAGCUGACUGUCAGCCAGGGGAGGAGAGCUGACUGUCAGCCAGGGGAGGAGAGCUGACUGUCAGCCAGGGGAGGAGAGCUGACUGUCAGCCAGGGGAGGAGAGCUGACUGUCAGCCAGGGGAGGAGAGCUGACUGUCAGCCAGG